CAAAGAUCUUUUUUUUUUUUUUUUUUUUAAUUACGGCAUUCUUUGAAGACCUGAGAGCACUUCAGCUGGUCACUAAAAAAAGAGCAUUAGGAGCCUUUUAUGUAAUUAUUCACUGUGGGGUGUUUUUCUCUUUGUACCUAAAGAGUAUUAACCUACAAUGUCUCUGAAUGGUGAUGUGUGCCUGGUGACGGGGGCCUGUGGAUUCCUGGGGAAGAGGCUGGUGAGGCUGCUGCUGGAGGAGGAGAAAAUGUCUGAGGUCCGACUGAUGGACAAACACAUACCGCUACAAUUCAUACGGAGUCUGGAGGACUGCAGAGGAAAGACAAAACUGAGUGUUUUCGAGGGUGAUAUACGGGACAGCGAUCACUGUCGAAGAGCCUGUCAAGGUGUCUCCAUCGUCUUCCACAUCGCAUCCAUCAUUGAUGUUGUUGAACGUGUGGAGUACGAUGAGAUGUAUGGGGUCAAUGUCAAAGGAACACAGUUACUGCUAGAGGCCUGUAUUCAAGAGAAUGUGAAGUCCUUCAUCUACACCAGUACUAUUGAGGUAAUGGGGCCAAACCCAAAGGGAGACCCAAUAAUCAAUGGCACUGAGGACAUGGCUUACGUCUCUUCUCUGAAGUUCACCUACAGCAAGACCAAGAAGGAGGCUGAGGACCGAACCCUGAAGGCCCACGGUGAGCUGCUUCCAAAUGGAAGUCGAAUGGCCACCUGCGCCCUCAGACCCAUGUACAUCUUUGGGGAGGGCUGCCGCUUCCUGCUGGGCCACAUGGGGGAUGGGAUACGGAACAAAGAUGUUCUGUAUCGAAUGUCUUUACCUGAGGCCUAUGUGAAUCCAGUCUAUGUAGGCAACGUGGCUGUAGCCCACCUCCAAGCGGCCCGCAGCCUCAAAGAUCCACAACAAAGAAAGGUUGUGGGUGGGAAGUUUUACUUCAUAUCUGAUGACACUCCACACAUCAGUUAUUCAGACUUCAACCACGCUGUGAUGGCCCCUCUGGGCUUCCACAUCCAGGAGAAAAUCAUGGUGCCUCUGAGCUUCUUCUACAUCUUCUGCUUCUUUAUGGAGAUGGUGUGCCUGAUGCUUCUUCCUUUCACUCGUGUUGUCCCACCGAUCAACCGGCAGCUUCUGACCAUGUUGAACACACCGUUCAGCUUCUCCUACCAGAGGGCCAAGAAGGAGCUGGGAUACACACCCAGGUACUCCUGGGAAGAAGCACGCAAACGCACCACUGAGUGGCUGGCUUCUGAGUUACCAAAGGAGAGGGAAAAAAUAAGGUCAAAAUAAUUUCAGAGAGUAUCCUGUGUGCAUACAUAACAAGCACAUUUAAAAUGAGGUAGACUGAGUGAUCCAAACUGAGGUGAAACAUUUUUCUCCAUGACAGUUUUAAAGGUGUGGUUUAAGGUGUAGCACAUGCUCGUGAGUCAUAGACUGUGUGUCAAGAUGUAACAGAGCUGCCUAAAAAUGUUAUUUGAUGUUCUAAAAUGGGUGAUUGUCAGCUGUAAUGACCAAAGAACAGAUGAUACAUCUGUACAUGACCAGGAACCAAUCAGACUGAGCAGAAUCUGGCUCCAAAUUGUAUCUCACAGUGAACAUGGCAGCUCCUGUGACCACUGGAAUAUGACUUCAUUUUUAUACAGAUGAAAGAAAUGAUGUCCAUUUUCAUACACAGGCUAUGGUCAGAGUCUGUUCUGUUGGUAUUAACUGCUUUUUGGGCAUGUUUAGGCC